CAAGACGCGGAGAAGGAACGAUAGUUCCCCAUUUGAAAUAGGACCCCCCCGUUCCCGUCCGGUGGCAGUAAGGAAUCGACCGGUUUCCAGCAUAAAGAAAGUACAGUCGCAACCGGGGGGCCGCCCCGGGGUCAGAUCGGCUCAAUUGGACGUCGGACCUGGUGUGGUCCUAUGACAGUGCAGGGUGCCUUAGGAAGCAACGGAGAGCCGGCGCAUCGGAUGGCGCAGCGAACCGUCUUGGGUGUCAGUUUUCAGUAAACUUUUCUUAUGACGAACGGCGAGCUUCUGGUGUGCAACGCCUCCGACACAGUUGUUUCGCGUACUGUGAAUAGAUGUUGAUACCAUAUUACAACAUGUUACUGUCUCAUGAUUACAAUAGCAGGCGCUCGUCGGCAGCAUCCCAAACUCGGAACCUGCGCAUGACGGUGUUGAAAAAUCUGUUCAAGAAAAUGACCGUCUCAGGAUUGACGCUGCGGAAGGCGCUGCCGGUGCUGAUCGUGGCCGCAUUUUGCAGCUUCUUCCUGCUGGUGUACUGGUAUGAUAGCUCCGAUUCGGCCAAACCUUCCUCUAUGAUGCCCGCUUACAAUUCGCACGUGGUGGAAGGAAAUUUCGGAAAUCCUGCGGCCGGCGACAACGGACGUGGUAGUGCCAUCCCGAUAUACCCCAUCGAGCGAACCUGGACGUACAAGUGUGUCAACAAUCGGUGCGUGCGUCACCAUUUCGUGAACGGCGUCGAGGAGGAUUUCGAAAGCAGCAGCAGCAACCAUCCGCAAUCGCCAGCACAUGGCGCCGGAAGUAGCAGCAGCAGCACUAGUACCAAUCCGGCCGCUGGCAAGCGAAUUCCCUACCUCACCUGCACGAUGACGUGCGGGCCGAUCAACAUCUGGCCGCAGCCGACCGGGUCCACCUCGAUCGGCAGCAAGACGUCCCGCUUCCGCCUUUCCGAUGUGCGGUUGAAAAUUGUGACCGACUUCCCGGCGGUCGAGCAGCUGCUCCGCGACGCGUACGAUGUGAUGCGGGCGGAAGUGCGCGGUAUGAUGGUGGCGCACGGGGCGUCCCUGGAGGAGAUCGAGGGCGCCGUGCCGGCCAGCUCCGUACCGUCCAUGCUGCUGCCAUUGACAGUGCAGCAGCAGCAGCAAAGGCGGGCGGGAUCGGAAGAAAACGAAUCGGGCGCAUCCCGAAUGCCAUCGGAAGGGGGGGAAGCUGGAAAGCGAAGCAGCACUCCGGAUGCCGGUGUGGGGAAGAUUCACUUCUUCAAGCUGGUCAGCGACAAGCGGUACGAUGUGGACGCGUUCGAGGUGAACAUUCACGUCGAGAAGUCGUCCGUAACGUUCCUCACGCUGCACACGGACGAAAGCUACAACAUGACGGUGACGCAUUCGGCGCGAGUGUUGAUGGUGAAAAUAUCGGCCAACACAUUCUUCGGAGCGAAGCAUGGCCUCACGACACUGCAGCAGCUGAUCUGGUUCGACGACGAGGAGCGAACACUGAAGAUCCUCAACAAGGCGUCGAUUGAAGACGUUCCAAAGUUUAACUACCGUGGCCUUAUGCUCGAUACGUCCCGGCACUACUUCACGGUGGACGCGAUCAAGCGCACGAUCGUCGGCAUGUCGCACUCGAAGCUCAAUCGCUUCCACUGGCAUAUCACCGAUUCGCAGAGUUUCCCGCUCGUCUCACGCCACUAUCCGCAGCUCGCCCGCUACGGGGCGUACUCGGAGCGCGAGGUGUACACGCCGGAGGAUGUCCGCGAGCUGGCCGCGUUCGCGAAGGUGCGUGGCGUUCAAAUCAUCCCGGAGAUUGACGCACCGGCGCACGCCGGCAACGGGUGGGACUGGGGUCCGAAGCACGGGCUCGGUGAGCUGAGCCUGUGCAUCAACCAGCAGCCGUGGAACAACUACUGCGGCGAGCCACCGUGCGGGCAGCUCAAUCCGAAGAACAACCAUACGUACGCGAUCCUGCAGAGUUUGUACGCGGAACUGCUCGAGGCGGUCGGCCCGCUCGAUUACUUCCACAUCGGCGGAGACGAGGUGAACCUGGAGUGCUGGCAGCAAAACUUCAACGACUCCGACAUGCGCACGCUUUGGUGUGACUUCAUGCUGCAGGCGUACCAUCGGUUGCAGCUGGCGAGUGGGGGCCAAAACGCUACCGUUACGCCCAAGCUGGCGGGCGUGUGGUCAAGCGGGCUAACGAACGCACCGUGUCUUUCGAAGAACACGUUUGCCGUGCAGGUGUGGGGUGGGAGCAAGUGGCCGGAGAACUUCCAGCUCAUCAACGCCGGCUACAGCUUGGUGAUAUCGCACGUGGACGCUUGGUACCUGGACUGCGGGUUCGGUAGCUGGCGGACCACGGGCGAGGGAGCAUGCUCACCGUACCGCAACUGGCAGACGGUGUACAAGCACCGGCCGUGGGACGAAAUGAAGCUAACGUCGCUGCAGAUGCGCCAGAUAUUGGGCGGCGAGGUGUGCCUCUGGACGGAACAGGUGGACGAGUCGAUACUGGAUGCGCGACUGUGGCCGCGCGCUUCCGCCCUCGCCGAGCGGCUCUGGACGGAUCCGGUCGAGGAGCGGUACAGCGAAUCGGUGCCGCUCGAGGUGUACAACCGGAUGUCGGUGUUCCGGAACCACCUGCUCGAGCUCGGGCUGCGGGCGGAACCGAUCUUCCCGAAGUACUGCGCGCAGAAUCAGGACGAAUGUGUAUGAUAUUACGCCAACCCGUUCUACUAGAACCAGGGAACGACAAGGUGUGGCACCGUUGGUUGUGAUACCCGCGCGAAACAAAGGCUCCGGCGCAUCGAGUUGUGUUCUUGUGCGGUCGGGGAAAUCGUGGUGCAUCAUGGUUGUUUUGUUUUUCUUUCCCCAUUUUUUCUGGACGGCGCGGGGAGAGGGAACCGACAAAAGGAGCGAUACAAUGGGGCUGAUACAAAAAGCCUAUGCUUUAUGUGAUAGGUGGCUGAUUGGGUGGAACCAGAAUUGUGACAUGCGCAUGUACUCAUCAUAAAUUACGACCAAUAAUCCUAAAGGGACCCAUUGCUCUGGUCCUAUUUAUUUGUUGCUAGAUAUGUAUGUAUGAACGAUACACACACACUCACACAGCUGAAAAGAGGAGUCAAACGGUAAACGGUUGUAAAUAGUUUGUAAAACGUAAACCAAUAGGACACUACCCGGCAAACGGUAGCUUAUUAAUCCGGAGGUUUCAAAGGUAGACAUUAAAGCCACAACCUUGUGCAGAACGACCAGUAAGGAGGACAAUCGUUCGCCAACUGUCGAAGUGGCCGAAUGAGUUAUGUUUUAGUUUAGAGAAAACAAAAAUCUUUACAAACAUUUAGUACUUUUCGUCUCAGAAAGAGUAAAACAAAAACCAUUCACCAACAACACUUACAAAAGCCGCUCACCCAUACAAAAAUGGUACUCACGGGCUGCCCGAAUUCAGUGACAAUGGUUGUAGUUCUCAAUGUAGGUUCUAGGUUAUAUACCAUGGUUUUUGGUUAAAAUAACGUUUUCCUCUUUUCUUCCCCUAGUGUUGACUUUUUUACACAUUAAAAAUAAAUGGCGUGACUGGAAAUGGUUGAAAAUGGGCCCAAUGUGGUAGAUUUGACCCUGUACUUAAAACAAUACAAACGUAACGCCGUUUUGCAUUAAUAGUUUAACCAUAUUUAAAGUCUCGAUCAAGUAAGAAGCUUUCGGUUUAACAGUAAAAUAGGUUUGCGACUAGCAUGGAAGAGUAUAUUUCACUGUUACGUGCAAUCAUUAACCUGUUCCGGCUGGGGUACGAGGCAAAACGAUCUACGGUAGGUGAAAAACGAGCUUAGCGAAACGUGAAGUGUUUGAGAUAUUUAGUAUUCGGUGUGGAAGGAAGGCUUAUUUCAAGCAACUCGUAUACCUGCCAACGAUUUCAUACCUAUAAGAUGUUUUGUUUAAAUGCUGCUUCCCAACGUGGAAGCUGCACUUCAUGUUUCUUUAUUUCGUUGUUUUUGUUCUACCUUUCCAAACGAUGCCAUUGACGAAUACCAGCCCAUAUGGUUUCGUAUUGUGUAGCACGUAGAUUGAACACCGACCGUUCGCCUACACUAUUUGGACAAGUGCACUUUAAGUAAAGAGGAAAUACACUCUUUCUUUUCAACCGACCAAACUGGCUGGAUUGGCUUCACCGGUAAAGGAGCGCAGAUAUUGUAAAUAGUAAACAGAGUCUUUUCCCCCCUCUCCGGAUGCAAUGCGAAACGAGAUGUUCCUAGUUCCACAUCCUACACAAUUGGGUAAAAUUUUUGCGAUUACAAACGCCACUUGCACGUCCGUUAUUCCGUAGACAGUUUGCAAAGUUAACCUGAGAUUAAUUCUGAAAGUUUUGAUAAAUAUAAGUUGCGAUAGAAGAGAAACUAGACAAGGGAAUGAUUCCUUCCGAGGAUGGGAUAUGACCAUAACAUAUGACGACAUCGCUUCUCUCUGGGUUGAUUGAGUUUAAUGUAGUAAAUUAUGCAGCUAACAAACGAUGGGCAAAGUUUACGCAGUUAAGAAAUAUUUAAAAUCAAAUGAAACCCCCCCGGAAAGCAGUUGAAACUACUCAUUGUAUCUAGACCACUCCACGGUUAGAAGAAUUUUGUUAUUGAAAGUUUGAAAAAAGUAUAAUCAAAUAACACUGGGUGAACGUGGGUGACGUUCUCAUCGCAAGCAUGUCUUCUUUUUCCGGCAGCGUAGUCUAUUGCUUGUUACUUCCAGACAGGAAAGGAAGGUUAGUGCGUAAGGAUGUGUUUCUUGUGUUAUUUUCUACGUAGCGUGUUAGUUUUGCUAGUUUGAACUGUGAGUACAAUGUGCAUAUGCAUAAGAGAACCCGGUUUUCUUCCAUCCUGUGCGGAUAUAAGCUGCCCUCACGCGAUUAGAUUAAUUAGGUAGCACCGCAUGAAAUUUAAAAGUAAAAUAAAAAAAACUGAAAGAGUUACUUUGGUACGAAGCUGG